AAAAUUAUGAAAAUCACGGAAAACCUACACGAAAUCAACACGCUCAGCACACAGCUCAGCCAAAACCACAUUGCCUAACAAUAUGACAGACGAGACUACAAUCCCACUAAACACGCUGUCGAGGCUGUUCCAUGUCGCAGUCUUCGAGCAUGACGACACCAGGAUUACACAGCAGACACUGGAGAUGAGUGCAGAGUAUCUGCGGAUGUUUAUACGCGAAGCUGUGCUUAGGGCAAACGAGACCCGGAUCUCAAGAGCUCACGACGGCGAGGACUCUGUUGUUACGGAGCAGCCUGUGAGUGAUGUGCUGGAUACAAAGGACCUUGAUGAAAUCGCAGGAAUGAUGGUGCUCGACUUUUAAUGGUUACAUAGUGUUAAGUGCAAUG